AAUUUUGAAAGAACGGCACCGCAAAUAAUCUGAAGCAACACACGUAUGCUAAAUCGGAUGGACCCCACACCAAAACCUUUAAAACCCUAGUGCCAAAACCCCCUGUCUCUCUCUCUCUCUCUCUCUCCUCUCUCUCUACAGCUCUACAGUCUACCCUUCUGUUCUGAUUCUUGUUUUAGUUUUAGUCCCAACAUUUUGUUGUUCAUGAACCAACCUUUUUGCAUUGCAAGUUGAUUCCCAUCAGAAUUUCGCAUUCUACGGGUUUUCUUUCUUUAUGAAUUCUUAUGGUGAAACUUAAUUCAGUUCUCUUGCUUUCUUGGAUUCUGGGACUUGGUCUCAUUUGGGAAAAUUUUGAGUUUUUUAAUUGUAAAAGCAUAAUCUUACUAGAAUUCUGUUGAAGGGCACGAUGAUUUUUUGUUAAAGGAAGGAAAUUUCUGGGAAAAAAAACUUUGAAAUUUGGUAAUCUUUCAUAAGGAAGAGGUAUUUCCACGGAUAAAAAGUGGAUUCUUGAAGUUCGCAUUGCAUUUUAACAAAGUUGAUUAUGUUCUCUCAAUGAGGGGCCUAUUACAUUCUCGUAAUACGCCUGCUUGGUUUUUGAAAGAUUGUCAUUCAUCGAGGUACUUUUAGCAGUCUGCAAUCUAAUUUCCAUUUUUUCAUAUGGCUUUGUUUCUUUUAAGUCCUGGAUUGUUAAUGUAGGCCUAACCCUAUCUGGUUCUGAAUAUGUUGCCUUGGAAGGCUUGCCUCAUUGAUAUUCAAACUUAUUACUUUUUAUCCACAUUUUUCUUUCUUUCUUUUUUUCCCAUUUUUUUUUUCUGGGAGGGGGUGUGGGUGAUUUUAGUUUCUUAAAUAGAGAUAAAUUAUUAUUGGGUCUUCAGAAAGGAGAUUUUUUUCAUGGUUUGCUAAUAUAAAUUCAGGAUUCAUUUCUUAAUGGAGACCAGAGAUCCAAUGCAUUUGGAAACUGAACCGGCAACAGCCUCCACUGCCACAUCUCAGGCUUACAAAAAUGGAGAGCCAGGACUCCACAGUUUUCAGAGUGAUCCAAUACACCAUAAUGAGCUGAUGCAUUAUGAGGGAUCUGGCUAUGGUCACAAUCCUGUCCUAUACAGGCCAGUGUCUGUCUUUCCACAUCCAGCAGGGUACACAUCCAGUAUGCCGCAAUUUUACACUAGUAGAGGCAUGGCGAAUGCUACUACUGUUAUGCCUGAUCAAGCCCAGUUCAAUUUGAUUCAACGACAACUGUUAUAUGGAAAUCCCAUAAGCAUUGGACAUAAUUUACCGGUAGUAUACCAUUCUCAGGGUCAAAGUAUUGGUGUCCCAGCUGGUUACAACUUAAUCCCUAAUGCAGUUCAAACUGGGAACCUUUACCAUCAAGAACAAUUGUUUGGCAGUUUACAUCCAUGGAAUACAAAUUACAGAUUUCCUGGCCAUGGCGUGGUUCAUAAUGCUGCUAGUUCACACCAGAAUUUGGUUGGUGUCUCAUUGAAUUCUAGCUACGUACAUGGUUGGCCUGGGAUGAACAUCAACCCUGGAAUGAUGCAUGGCACCAAUCCCAGAGCCAAUUCAACCCCAUCAAAUCUUCCAGUGCUACAAUGCCAUUCACGGCAACAUUUUCCUGUUCCAGUUGGCAGGGCCCUUGGUCUAGAGUAUCACCUAGGUGCAAGACUAAAUGAAGAUUCUAAUAGGUGCAUUCAAGAUCCCACCACUGGUUCAAGACCAUUGAGUCACAGCCAUGGUGGUUUGUCUCCUAUGGAUCUGGCUAGGUUCUCUAGGGUGGGUUUGACAAAUACUUCUCUUUCAAGGAUCCCCAAUGAACAGAAUUCUUUUGAACUACAACAUGCUCAUGAGAAUAUCAUCAGAAUGUUGCCAACUGAACCUUCUGCAGUUCUGCCUACAGUUUGGGCCAGACAAAGCACCAAUAUGGAAAAUCCAUCAGUGCUUGCAGGUGAACGCAGUCAAGCUCAAAGGAACCAGCUAGACCACUUCAACCAAACUUUUGUUCCAUCUGUUAGGAGGAAUACAAAGCAAACAGCUUCAGCUUCUGGCCAGGUUUCUUGGAAAAAGACCUGGACCUGGCCUUCUAAUAGGAUACAUAAACCAUCCAAGGGAAACGUUUAUCAUAUCAGCUGGGAUGGUUUUGAUAAAUCCUAUCUCCCAGUUGGCUUGAAGUGUAAUUUUUGCAAUGGGGAUCUUGGAUAUGCACCAGUAAAGAUCGAAUCCAAGCCUCCUGUUCUUCCUGAAGUUUCUGUUCUUUCUUGUGGCCAUGCCUUCCACUCCGAGUGUUUCCAGCCUCUUAUACAAGAGCCAUCUGCAGAGCCGCCAUGCUACAUAUGCGCCCUUGGCAAACCUUGAAUAUCAUCAUCAUCAUCAUCCAUUUUUACAAUUUUUCUUCAAAAUUUCUCAAAUGGCUUUUGUAUAUCAGUUCUUUGAUUCUGUAUUAGAUAAAAGGAAAAGGGGAAUAGUAGAAUUAAAAUAGGAAGUGGUAACUUGAUGCAAGCUCACAUUUAGAAGAACAAAAAAGAAAGCAAACAUAUGCAGUGUACAAAGGUGUGUAUAUAUAGCUAUAGAACCUGGGAUUAAACUAAUAUUGCAUCACUGGCUUUAUCUACCAUGUUUUCUGAUAAUUGAUUUGUA